UGAUAGCACUAGCUUUUGUUCACAGUCGUGCAAAAAUUGUCUAUUUGGCUUACUAUGUGGUUUAUUACUGUGUGGCAUUGGACUGGCUGUCGUUUUAACGCUAUGGCUGACAAACAGUAAGUUAUGACGUGAACAAAACGCAUCUCAUGGCGGAAUUUACUUCUUCGGAGACAUUUUCUUAUAUGUUUCAUUUUCUAUAAGGAUUAUCUCAAAAUGGCAGAGAGUCAGUUUUUCUUACAAUACCGCUAUCUCCACAACAGCAAAGUUUUAUUGCUGUUUUAUUGUUACUUUAUUGUUUAUCAUAUAUUUAGACGAUGGUUUGCCUGUUGGAACGGUGAUGUUGUACACGGGUACGAGUGUUCCAUCGAAGUGGUUAAGAUGUGACGGUUCAGCCAUCUCUCGCUCAACCUAUUCACAGCUGUAUUCUGUUAUUGGUACGCUCUACGGUACAGGCGACGGCGUUUACACAUUCAAUUUGCCGGAUUUUCGUGGACGAUUUCCGUUAGGCCUGAACAGCACCGCUCAAGAAGUGGCCGGUAUUAACGAGGGUGGUAGUCGUACGCACGUUCUCACUGUUAGUGAAAUGCCUACGCAUACUCACGACACGGGAACAUUGGUAACACUGACUAACGGUAAUCAUUCCCACACCAUCACAGACCCGGGCCACAAUCACGGUGGCUCGACCGGGACAGCGGCUUUCGGGAGUGGAUUUCUUUCUAUGGACGUGGUGGCUGGCGCCGGAAGCAUCUCGGGAACUCAUUCUCAUACGAUUUCUAGCGGCAGUACGAGCAUAACAAUCAAUGCAGGUGGCUCUCACACUCAUAAUAUAAAUGGAUCGACAGCCAGCAGUGGCUCGAGUCAAGCGAUGAGCCUGAUGCCACCUUAUCAAACGGUUGACUAUAUUAUUCUUACACAACAGUUAAAGAUUUAUAAUUGA